CAUUGCAUAUAUGACAACACAUUUCUGUAUUUCUCAGCUUGAACUUCAUAUUUGUAGGAUAUUUUACCAUAUGCCAGAUUUAGAUGUACUUUAGAUUCUUCUAUAAAUAAAAGAAAACUAUGGUUAAGCCGAGUAGUAAUCAAAGAAAGGCGGGUAAAUAGGAUCAAUCGCAAUUCAUGCUUGUGUCUGAAGCAGUGACUUCAUUGUCGUUUGUUAGUUCCUCUGUCUCGUUCAAUCUUGAAAACCACAUUUCGACAGAAAGACUCCCAUUCGCUAAGCAAUCAAUCUCGAGAUUUUAAUAAAGUCUUUUUUUGUCUUUUAAUUCCAGUCACCAACCCUGGCUUUCAUCUCUCUCUCCGGUAACAAGAACCGUCGGAAAAGAAAAUACCGGGCCAUGGAGAGUGAGGCUUGGAAGGCACACGUGGCCAUGGUCUGCGUUCAAUUGUUCAACGGAGGCUAUCACGUGAUCACCAAAGUAGCUCUCAACGUCGGCGUGAACCAACUCGUCUUCUGCGUCUUUCGUGAUCUCAUUGCUCUCUCCAUUCUCGCUCCUCUUGCUUAUAUCCGUGACAAGAAGACAAGACCUCCUUUGAACCGACGCUUUCUCUUAGCUUUCUUCUUCCUCGGCUUAACUGGGAUAUUUGGGAACCAGCUUUUGUUCCUCGUCGGUCUCAAUUACACCAAUCCCACUUAUGCUGCAGCCAUUCAGCCCUCUAUUCCUGUUUUUACUUUCAUCUUGGCUCUCAUUAUGGGAACAGAGAGAUUGAAUUUAUUCAAACUAGAAGGUCAAGCUAAGGUAGGAGGUACGCUGGUCUGUGUCUCUGGGGCCGUGUUGAUGGUUUUGUUUCGUGGACCGGCUUUGUUUGGGGAAACAGAGCCUGACUUCUUGGGUCAUGGUGAGAUAAGACACCCUGAAGCAUCUGGAUCAGGACACUUGGUGUCUAGCUUUCUCAAUGGACUUGGGAGAUGGAAUCUGGGAGUUUUGUGCUUGAUUGGGAACUGCACUUGCAUGGCUGCUUUUCUUGCUAUUCAGGCUCCAGUCUUGAAGAAGUAUCCGGCAAAUCUUUCAGUUACAGCCUACUCGUAUUUCUUUGGGACCAUGUUCAUGGUGACAUCUGCUUUUUUCAUGACCAAUGAGUCAACCAACUGGAGUCUCACCAGAUCCGAGUUCUUUGCAGUUGUCUACGCAGGAGUAAUCGCAUCUGCCCUUAACUAUGGUCUCUUGACGUGGUCGAAUAAGAUUUUGGGUCCUUCCUUGGUUGCUCUGUAUAACCCUCUUCAACCUGGAGCCUCAGCCUUCUUGUCCAGAAUCUUCCUAGGAAGCCCUAUCUACUUGGGGAGCAUUUUAGGCGGGUGUGCAAUCAUCGCAGGUCUUUACAGUGUCACUUGGGCGUCUUACAAGGAAAAGAAAGCAGCAGCAGGUACCAUCCCGAUCACCUCAAAGGAAGCCGAACCCUUGAUCUACAAAGACCACAAGAACAAACCAACGGGACAUCUAUUCACAAACAUUCCCAUCUCUUCACCAAAAUCUGCUGAUUGA